GAACAUAAUGGUUUAUUAAGAACAAAUAUGCCAACAAAUAUGCCUUUAAUAUGCCAACUAGGUUAUCCGUGGCAACAUUAUGGGUUAAUUUUUGAUAAGAUUUAAAAUGGAAGAAAUUUCCACUGUUUCACUGAAAAAUAGUUAUCACAUAUUAUUUCUGAAAUAUUAUAUCUUAUAGCAGAUAAAGUUACUCAUUGAAGUAUUUAAUGGUUUAUUUACAAUGUAGAGAAUUAAUAGACGACUUUAAGACUUUAGUCUUUAAUAGGAAAAAAUUGAGAGUGUUUUACAUUUUUUAAAAUUUAUUUAUAUAAAUUUCUCUUUCUACAUAACUGUUGCUUCAAAUCUGAGUUGCCUGUGAAAUAUUUUACCCCACAACAAAUAAAGUUAAUUACUUAAGCAAUUUCGUUAGGUUUUAAUUUAUUAUUUAAGUUUCCUACUAUACAUUUUUUCUCAGUGCAUGACUGUUGCUUCUAAUAUCAGUUGGCUGUGCUUAGACAGCGACACUGCGUGAGAGAAAAAAUAGUUAUCUGAGCGCUGCUUUUGUUUAGCCCAUUUGUUUUGCCUGUGCUCUUUUCACUUGUGUGCGAGCGAGAGGAGUGGGGCAGAGUGAGCGAGAGGGAGAGGAACUACCUGGAGUUACCUACAACUUGCGACACCUUUUGACGUCGAUCGCGGGUUCAGUAGCAAUCGGUAGCCGGCGCCAGCAACAACAAACCCAAACACAGAACAAUUAGUCGACCGAAAUUCAGUGGAAUAUAUUUAUGCACAUAUAUGUUUAAAAAGCGCACCGCACACAAAGUGAACCGUGUAAAAUCGAGAGAUUACGGUAAAGAUAUGUUGUUUUGCGGUGAUUGUGUUUAACGGUGGAUUUUCGUUUGCACCUUGGCCAAAUACCAAGUGAUUCGGCCUAAAGAUAUAGAACCACUAAAAGAUGGCCUCCAACAACAGCAGCACCACCGAUCUGGACGGUCAGGUCAAUGUGGAGGAUUUGCCCAUAACGUUCAAGGUAAAAUACAUUGGUUCUGAGGUGGCUCGCGGAUUGUGGGGCAUUAAGUAUACUCGAAGACCCGUUGACCUAAUGGUGGGCGUGGCCAAGAACUUGCCGCCCAACAAGGUGCUGCCCAACUGCGACCUGAAAGUGUCCACCGCGGGCGUGCAUCUGGAGAUUAUUGCGCCCAAGGCGAGCAUCAAUCACUGGAGCUAUCCGAUCGACACCAUUUCGUAUGGGGUUCAGGAUUUGGUCUACACAAGGGUAUUUGCCAUGAUCGUGGUGAAGGACGAGUCCAGUCCGCAUCCCUUCGAGGUGCAUGCCUUCGUCUGCGACAGUCGGGCGAUGGCGCGCAAGUUGACCUUUGCCCUGGCCGCCGCCUUCCAGGAUUACUCGCGACGGGUCAAGGAGGCGUCCGGCGAAGAGGAUGGUAAUGAGGGCACGCCCAGCGACACCAUCACGCCCACGCGCCAAAAGUUCGCCAUCGAUCUGCGAACGCCGGAGGAAAUCCAGGCCGGCGAACAGGAACAGGAAACUGAGGCGUAGUCGGGGGAUUCACUGUACUGUACUUAUGCCAAUGUGAUGUCUUUAGUUACUUAACGUCCAGUGUUCACUGUAUUUGUAAAUUGUAGUUCUCUCACCCGGUAGUUGCCUCAUACAGCUAAUUACCCAAAGCCUAAGUGUUAAUACGAUUUGUAAACGAUUUUCUAUAAUAAACUACGAAUAUUGUA